GCAUCGUCGCCUUAGUUGCGGGCUUGCGCUGCAAUCGCGCCGAACGACAGCCAACGCGAACAGUGCUUCAGCAGCUGUCGAGGCCGGAUGGUUGGCCUCGUCAACCCCUGAUCUGACCGCGUUCUCUCUCUUUCCCACCGCUCGGUCGCGCGUAAUCUACGCCAGUGACCGCGAGAAACGUUAAUCGUAGAAGGACGUGCCAGGAUAAUACCGAAAUCAACAUGAAGCGCUUUCUCAUCCUCGUCGUUUGCCUAUUGGUCAUUCUCGGUUUUUAUGGCAUAAACGCGAUGCAAUGCUAUCUUUGCAACAGUCACAACGACAGUCGAUGCGCCGAUGACAAUCCACCCGACGCCCUCAAAAAAGAUUGCUCCGACCUCAAAAACGGCUCGAAAUAUACCAUGUGCCGGAAGAUUACGCAAGUAAUCGAGUUCAGCGUUAAUGGACUUCCACCUGAUACCCGAGUCAUAAGAGGUUGCGGAUGGGACGAGUCAAGUUAUAAAGGAAAGUGUUACCAAAGAAGCGGUUUUGGCGGUCGUCAGGAAGUCUGUUCGUGUUUGACAGACUUUUGUAACACGGCAACACCAAACGUUUUACCACCGACGUCUCUGAUUCUGUCGUGUGUUAUUGGCAGUGUUCUUCUAGCAUACAUUCGUAAUUAAUUUUGAGAAAAUUAAUAUACACUCGACCAGUCGACGAAGAGAUGCGUCCGAGAUCGUUAGUACCUGCAAGCAGCUUCGACUUCGCAUUUUAACGGAUCGGAAGUAAGCGAAAGUGGAGAGGACGAUGCGUUUCAGAGCAAAUACUAUCUCACACACUUCCCACACUUUCGUCGUCAAUGAAAGAAAAAAGCGUAUAAAACAAUCGAAACAGCACUUAAAGCGCAAAAUGUCUUCUUCUAUCUAGAAUUUCACGUUGCAUUUCGAGAACAAACGCUGGCGACCUCGAAAUGUACGAACGAACGGAAAAAUUCUCGACGAGAAUACGUUUCAUUCGAAAUUCUAAAGACACUGCGGUGGCUUUCUGCCUCCGGCUGUCCAUCGGUUCAAGAUUAUAGUAGUUUUAGACGAGAUAUUCCUGCUGUUCCUGAUUAUCUGGACGUUUCCAAGUGAAAUAUACCAAGAAGAAAAAUUAACGUAAUUACCAAUCUCUUACGUGUAAUUGCUUUUAUAAUGUCGCUAUAGAAUUAAUUGAAGAAUAUAUAAAAGCGUGUCUUAGGAAAGUAAAUAGAUAUUUCUAUCAAGAAAGUAUCGCAUACACACAUCUGCUAACGUAUUCUAUAGUGAUAUUCGUAUAUAAAUUUUUAAUGAGAUAAUUUAGAUAAUUACAUAUCUUAGACUAGCUUUCACGAAAAGAUCGUGCAGAGAUUCAGGAACGGCGUGAUCUUUGGUACUUUUUGCGAAAUGUCGAACAGCUUGGCGAGCACUCCUCGAUCAUGCAUAAAUCUUCUUGAAAAUCUUCAAUUUAGGUGCUGAAGGUGUGACGACAGUCACAUUGUGUUCACUCGACAAUUUUCUGCAUAGAGCUUAAGAAUGAUAUUACAUAUGUAAUAAUUACGCAACUUGUUGAAAGUCUAUAUGUUGUGACAACCUUCGCGAAAAAACAUCUGUAUGAUAUGUUUUUGUGCGAAGCGAGAAAAAUAUAUCAGGGUUGCCGUUGCGGAGAA